AUAACGCGUGGUGUUCAACCAAGCUAAAGGUCAUUGUUGGGCUUGGCCUUAGUUGGCUACAGAAAAGGCGUAGUAGCUGAUCGAAGCCUUGAUCAUUGAACAUUACUUCUGCUGAUUUCGAAGCGUAAAGAUGGCGACAGAAGUUGAAGCACCGCCUGUGAAUAUUGAGGUAGAUCAGACUGAAACGAAAACCGAAGAGGUCGAAAAACCUGAAGAGAAUCACGUCGAAGAGAAGAAUGAGGAGCAGGCCGAUGAAAACAAGCCGGACGAGGAGAAUGCGGUCGUCGAUGGCGAAAAACAAGAAGAAGUUAAUGGUACCGCACCACCAAAGGUUUUUCUCUAUCAACAUCCACCAUGGAAUGCAAUUCCAUCGCCGCUCCCCGCUUGCAUAAAAGUGGAAACGUAUUGCCGUAUGCUGAAGAUCCCUUACGAAAACGUUUACAAACCUGGUACUGAUCAGAAAUUGCCGUACAUCGAAUAUCAAGGCGAGACAAAGAAACACGACCUCAUAGGCUUCCUUAAUUCCAAGUUCGAAGCGGACCCCGAUGCAAAUUUGAAUGAAAUGGACAAAGCUUGCUCGCGAGCUUUUCAAACUAUGGUCGAGGAAAACACGUUCUGGAGUUUGAUGUAUUACCGAUGGGUGGAUAACUUCGCAGAAACCAAGAAAUACUUCAAAGGGCUGGAUGUUGUCAGAAAGAAUGUACGCCCGAAGCUCGACCAAGGCAAGUGUGUGAAGUGCUUAGAAGCGCAUGAAAUCGGCAAGCAUAAUAAGGAAGAAAUUUACGCCAUCGGCGAAAAGGAUCUACGUGCGCUAUCAGCGUUCCUGGGCGACAAGGAGUUCUUCAUGGGUUCCGAUCCUACAACUAUCGAUUGCACGAUGUUUGGCCUGCUGUCAUGCUUGCUGCACACGGCCGAAAACUCGCCCCUGGCUAAAGUUGUGAAUGAAGAUUUGAAAAAUUUAGUCGAUUUCUGCGACCGAAUGAAGCUUAAUUUUUGGCUAGACUGGAAUGAUCUAUCUUCAGAAGAGCAAGUCGAGGAGACACGACCCAAAUCAAGGCUAAGUGUCAAAAAGAAGAAGAGGACCAAGUCCCAAGAGCCAGCAGCCGAGAGCAAAGAAGGCCAAGCUAGUGCAGACCAAGAAACCGAAGAAAAGAAAGAAGGAGAGGGAGAAGAAAAGAAAGAAGAGGAGCCCGUUGUAAAUGGAGACGCAACAGAAGAGGCAGCCGCCGAAGAACCAAAGGAACAAGCGGAGGAAUCAAAAGAGGAGGAGACCAAGGAAUCAGAAGAAAAGAAAGAGGAAGAAACUCCUGUGGUCAACGGCGAUGGAGGCGAAGAACCAAAAGCCGAGGAAGCCGCACAGGAAUAAACUGUAAGCUUUUCAGAUUCGUUUUCUGUGAACUUUGAGCAAACAAAACGCUGCUAUAUCCUAACCGAAUACUAAUGAAUUACUUUAGGCGUUCAAUCCAGGAACGGAGGUUUCCUAUUGUAAGUAUUAUUUUUCCUUGCUUACACGCAAGACGUGCGUAGAUUUCUUUGCUAGGGAAAAGAGGUUGUGUGUGAUUAGAGAUCAUUCAGUAGAUCGCUGCUCACUCGCUGUUGCGAGGGAAAUUCGAGUUCUCUCAACGCGCGAUCGAUUCGUGACUGAAAAUCCAUUCUUGAUUCUUCCUGAUUAUUAUUCACUAUUCCUCUAUUUCAUUGCUAGUAUUUGACCGUUAAAAUCGAGACAAAUCUAUUCAUUUUGUUAGAAGCAGCCCCGUUGAGAUGGAAUUCGGUUGAAAACCUGAAAUCGGUGUAAUUUUCCGAAGGUGUGUCGUUUCCCAAUUUAGGUGGGGCUUUAGAAGAUAGCGAUUUUCGAAUUAAGUAGCAGUGAUCGCGCUCGGUUACAUCAGUACAAAGACAUUAAUUUUUUAUUAUAAUAUUUUGAUUGUUAUGAAAAACUUGAAAGUAGUGUAAUAAUACUCACGAAGCAAUAUUCGUGGCUCUGUACCUGCGCUAUAAUUUUCGUCUAGUCGUAGUAGAUAUUAAUUUCGAGACACAACAUUGAAUAGUCGUGAGUUAUAUGGUAACAAAUUGAGUCCGAGAUUCUAGGCAAAGGAACCACGGUAUUUAUGUAAGGUUCAGGAAAAGUCUUUUUUCUUAAUUGUCAACAGUGGAUAUCUAUAUUCACAUUAUUGUGCUGGAAUUUGAAAUCGUUUAGUUGAAUCCUCAAACUCGUCUUCUCUCACUCGAACGUUACACCACAGUCGGUAAAUAUUUACAGAAAUAUGUUCUAAUCUUGUUCUCGUCUUGCCCACUUCGAACAGGAUUAAAAUUAGCAGCUUUCUUUUGCGAUUCAGAGUUAUGUUCCAUCUAAACUGAAAAUUUAACAGACAUGACGAGUUUCGAUGGGUUUCAUGGACGAGAGAGCAAAGAUAUACUUUGGACAGUCUAAUUGGGAUUUAAUAUCUAAUUUUGUUGUGGCGAGUUAAACCCUCCCAAUUUUCAAGAACCUUUCGCCUUCCGUAUAUUUUACGUGUUUGUGGUGCUUAUUAUGGCUAGCGGAUUGCAUCUCCCUUUCUAAAUAUAAGCUAAUUCUGAGCCAUGAGUUAAUUUUUUUUUCACUCAAGAAGACGAAACGUGAACAUCUUAAGAGUAGCUAAGAGAAUAGUUUUUUUUUUGUAAAGCUUGGAGUAAGAACCAAGUGACAUUACAAUAAUAAAUUUAAAGAAGUAGAGUAAUUUAUAUGUUGAUAGUGUAGUGUAUUAGUUUUUGUUUUGCAUGCACGUGUUUUGUUUGGAAGGCCUUUUUUAGUGCCUUAAAUUUGUCUUAAAUUUAGUAGUUUAGCCUAGGUUGCAUGCUCUUCUAUUUCUGAAUUUAGAGACAAAAACAUUCAUUUUUUUUUCUGCAAAUUAUUGCAAAUUAUAAUACUGUAGUAAAUUAAGUCUAAGCCAUGCAUAUCUAGUGUCCCUUCAUUUAAAACAAAUCGUUGGGAACAUGAAAGGCCUAAAUAUAGAAUUAUUUUGCAUUUAUUUUUUAUUGUUGAUCACAAAGUGAAACAGUUUGUCGAUAGCUGGAACUACAGAGAUGUGUGAAAAUUGAAAAAAGUUUGCUACCCUUCCAAUUUGCAUAGUAUUUCAGUGAUAUUGAUGUCCUGCUGCCACUUGUAGUAGCCAUUAGAAACUUGCAAGGUGCUAUGUAUGGAAACAAUGACGUCCUGUCACGUCAGUUUCACUUUUCACUUUCCAAAAAGUUUUUGCAGCUGUUAUUGUUAGAAUGCCAUGGAAUCUGAAAGGUGUAGCAUUGUAUUUUCCUUUAGAAAUGGUGCGCUGUAUAUGAUAUUUUGGUCUAACAGAGGCGGAGUGAAUGUUGUCUCGCGAUGGAAUUCAAGUGUUAGGAGUAUGUAGACAUGAAAGACACUUUCUCCUGUAAAAUGUAUUGUUAAAUUAUACUUAAGAGUUGAAAUUAAAACUGAGCAAUCA